AUGGGGAAGAGCGCCCGGGCGGCGGGCGGGCCGGGGGAGGAGCGAAGGGGCUGCGGGGACCGCCCUGCCCGUGUCCCGCUUCUUUCCCCUUCCCUUCCCCAGCCCCCCGGCCCGGCCCGGCCGAGCAGCGCCGCGAGGUCCGGCCCCGCCGCCGCCAUGUCGGGCCCGGGCGGGCGCGCCGCGCUGGCGCUGCUGCUGCUGCUGCUGCUGGGGCUGCCGCAGGCCCGGCCCCGCUACGAGCCCACCUGGGGCUCGCUGGACGCCCGGCCGCUGCCCGCCUGGUUUGACGAGGCGAAGUUCGGCGUCUUCAUCCACUGGGGCGUGUUCUCGGUGCCCAGCUUCGGCAGCGAGUGGUUCUGGUGGUACUGGCAGAAGGAAAAGAGAGAGCCCUAUGUGAAAUUUAUGGAUGCAAAUUACCCACCUGGCUUCAGCUAUGAAGAUUUUGGUCCUCUGUUUACAGCAGAAUUCUUUGAUCCCAACCAGUGGGCAGAUAUUCUGAAGGCUUCAGGAGCAAAAUACGUUGUCUUAACUUCAAAACAUCAUGAGGGUUUUACUUUGUGGGGGUCCAAAUAUUCUUGGAACUGGAAUGCUGUUGAUGUGGGACCAAAGCGAGAUCUUAUUGCUGAACUAGCAACAUCUGUUAGAAACAGGACUGACUUGCAUUUUGGGUUAUACCAUUCCCUGUUUGAAUGGUUCAAUCCUCUCUUCCUUGAGGAUGCCACCAAUGCCUUUAACACAAGCAAGUUUCCCACCAGCAAAUCAUUACCAGAACUCUAUGAAAUUGUGACCAAGUACCAGCCAGAAAUAAUUUGGUCUGAUGGGGAUGGAAAUGCUCCAGAUACUUACUGGAACAGCACUGGUUUCUUGGCUUGGCUCUAUAAUGACAGCCCGGUGCGGGACACAGUGGUGACCAAUGACCGCUGGGGAGCGGGCAGCAUCUGUGCCCAUGGCGGCUUCUACACGUGCAGCGACCGCUACAACCCCGGGCGCCUCCUGCCCCGCAAGUGGGAGAACUGCAUGACCAUCGACCGCGGCUCCUGGGGCUACCGCCGGGACGCGCGGCUGCGGGACUACCUCCCCAUCGAGGACUUGGUCAAGCAACUUGUAGAAACAGUGUCUUGUGGAGGAAACCUCCUGAUGAAUAUUGGGCCCACCCACGACGGUCGCAUUGCUGUUGUGUUUGAGGAGCGCCUGAGGCAGGUGGGCUCUUGGCUGGAGGUCAAUGGAGAGGCCAUCUAUGGAACAAUGCCAUGGAGAGCACAGAACGACACUGUCACACCUGGAGUCUGGUACACUUUCACCCCUAAAGAAGGGAAAGUCAAUGCUAUCUUCCUUAACUGGCCAGUCUCUGGGAUUCUGGAACUUGGUGAGCCACGGGCUAAGCCUGGAGAAACACAGGUGAAGCUGGCUGGAUACAGGGAACUGCUGAAAUGGGUUGCCCUGGGAGAAAAGGGAAUGGUUAUUGCUCUACCUCAAUUGACUCCUCAGCAAAUGCCAUGUCAGUGGGGCUGGACCUUACAACUGACUGAUGUAGACUGAGCCAUACUCUGCUGGAGCCCUGGCUAGCAGGGAGUGCUGAUGCUUUGCUCUUUCUUAUCACUGGUUUUAAACUUGAUUGACUGAGAAAGACCAAUAAAUUCACUUUUUCUAUGAAA